AUGGAUAACGCAAUGUCUAUGACACGGCCCCCUGUUACGCAGCUUCGGCCACUGCAUACUCAACAACAAUCGAUAGAGGCAUCUCAGCCAAUCAGCUGGACCAGCUCUGUCGAGCCAAGACCUGAUGAAGAAACCGCCAUCAAGGCAUUUGUGAAGCUUGUAUCUCAUCUUGUCGUUCUUGAUGAAGAGGAGAAUUUUUGUAUUCAAGAUACUAAGCGAGGUGGUUUCAUCUUGGCUCAGUAUUCGAGUUCUGAGAGAAACGAGCUUGGUAGCUUCCGUUUCGUUAACCCUGAGAAUCAUCAAGAUAUUCCAUCUGAUUUCUCUAUUGGUGAAGGCAAGAUCCUUCAACUUCACUUUGAAGAACACGAAGUUCAACUCAAGACGGAUGCCAGUAUCAUCCCUGAGGCUGCCCUGGGGGCUCUUGGCUGCAUGUUAGAUGACAUUAUCACUGAGUUGCACCGAGGGCAUCACGUAAGCCCUGAAUGGACUCAGCCGUCUGUCCUCAACUUUCCCCCACGAUCUGAGCCCCUGUCCCUCUCUCUUGAAGACGUGACUUCAAACGACAAUGGUGUGAAGAGUUCACUUCUGCACCGAUGUUUUGAGAGGCGUGCGGCAGAGAGACCUGAGAGCAUUGCUAUCGACUAUCUAACGGACCUCGAAAGUGGCAGUCGCGUGACUUUUACGUAUCGUCAGGUCGCAAACGCAGCGACAGCAUUGGCAGUCAAGGUUGUGAAGGCCUGUGAGGAGUCAACGCAGGCUCUCAAGACAGUCGCAGUACUCAUCGGACCAUGUCCAGAACUCUACAUCUCGUAUCUGGCAGCUCUGAAGGCGGGAGUAGCCUUCUGUCCCAUCGCCGUGGAUGCGCCUAGAGAGAGGAAGGAGGCUUUGAUGGCAGACCUGAAGCCAUCUGCAUUGCUUACAACAACGUCCUUGCUGAAAUUAGAGUCGUCCUCUUUUAUCGAUUCCUCGUCAGAGACUAUCGACGUCACUCCCUUCCUCCAGGCUUGCGAUACUGAACCAGAGCAACAGCCAACACCUGCAACAAUGAGCGCGGACGACUUGGCCUACAUCUUGUACACAUCAGGAACAACUGGAUUGCCCAAAGGAGUAGCCGUCAGUCAUCUCUCGGCCUCAUGCACCAUCUCUGCCCUAAGCGCCCACUACCGUUUUCCCCAACCAUCUCCUACAUCCAAACCUGUCCGGUGGUUUCAAGGCGCUGCACCUACCUUUGACAUCUCCCUAUUCGAGAUCUUUUGGACUCUUAGUACUGGCUCAACGCUCUGCUGUGCGCCUCGAGAGUUCACUCUACAAAACAUCGACAAGGUUGUUACUACUCUGGAGGCUGAUAUCACCAACAUCACGCCUAGCUUCGCCAACUUGCUCGAUCCCUCAUCAAUCAGUGGGCUUAUGGUCGGUGGUGAGACCUUGAAUGCUCGGCUUCUCCAGAACUUUGCUCCCUAUAACCCGACAGUGAAGGAGGAACCUGGCAAAGCACCCCGAGGUAUCUACAACGGAUACGGACCUACCGAGGCGGCUAUUUACUGUAUUGCGCAAGCUCAUGUGCCUGAAGGCCAGCGCGGAUCCGUCAUCGGAACACCGUUAGCAACUUGUGGCGUUCUUAUUGUUCAGCCCCUGCCAAUUCCUCAAACUGGCGAGAGCCUCAAGCCCGUCCCCAUGGGUGCAGUAGGCGAACUCGUCAUCACUGGACCUCAAGUUAGCAAUGUGGGCUACCUGAAUCGCCCAGACGAAACAGCCACGGCAUUCCGAGAUGACUCUCGAUGGGGCCGCGUCUACAAGACUGGUGACAGGGCCAGAAUUGUCUGGGACAAGGGCGGCUCUCCCAUGGUCGAAUUCCUAGGCAGACUCUCUGAUGAUCAAGUCAAGCUCAGUGGACGACGUGUUGAGUUGGGUGAGAUUGAGAGUGUUCUGGCCAGCAAGGUCUCUGGUGUCAAGGAGACUCUAUCCUGCGUGUGGAAGCAGGGUGCAGAGGCAGGUUCAGAGAAGGUCGUGAGUCUGAUCGUCGUUGAUCCAAGUGAGAACUUCGAGACUGUACACCAGGAGUGCUUGGAGGCGUCUCAGCAUCAUCUUCCCGACUACAUGAGACCUUUCAAGAUUUUACAAGUCGACGCACUUCCGAGAUCUGCUUCUGGCAAGGCAGAUCGCAAAGCAGCUUUGGCACUGGUCAAUGAGAUGCUGAAUACUGACCUUGAUGGCCAAGUGCCUACCCACCAUGACCUGUCUCAGAGCAUUGAGCCUCUAGCGGAUCCCCAGGAUGCUGAGCUUGAGCAGGAGCUCAUCUCAAUCGUGAACAAUGUUCUCAGCGACUCCUCAACUUCAGGCCCUGCCAUCACAGAAAAGACACUCCUCGUCGCAGCCGGCAUUGACAGUCUCCGUGCAAUGAGGAUCUUGCGAGACAUCAGGAAGCGAUGGCCAGCAUCCCGGAACCCUCAACUUGAACCCUCACUGGCACUUCUCCUCGACAACAGCGCGACAAUCCGUUCGAUCUUCUUCCCUAGCAGUCAAGACAUUGAUGCUUCAGCCACGAAAGCUAGCAAGCAAGCCAGAACAAAGGCUCAACUUGAGGCAUUCUCCACGAAGCAUACAUCGGAGGUCCUGGACAAACUCAACCUCGCCAAGCCCGAAAUUGAGAUGAUUCUGCCCGCAACUAGCACCCAGAGUCAAUUGGCUGUGAGCUUUGCCAUGGACAAGCGCAAUUACAUCAGCCAUACCAUGCUCAGACUCAAGCCAGAUGUCUCUGUACCAGCUCUCAGGGACGCCAUUGAGGUGACGAUGUCGAGACAGCCCAUCUAUCGAACGGCAAUGCUUCCCUGUGACGACGCUCUUUCCCCGUUCCUCCAAGUUGUUUUGACACCAGACGCAUGGCAGAGAUCAAGCGACAACUCUGAUCGGAUUGCUCUCAGGAGAGCCAGCGCUGAUAGUAUUUCUGGCGACGCGCAAACCUGGCUAGACCUGGCGGAGGAGGAUCUCAGCUUCGAGUCGCAUAGACUGUACCAUGUACAGAUCAUUGAUCCCGAGGAGGCUGACACUAGUGCUCUUUUGAUCAUCAGCACUGCUCACUGCAUCUGCGAUGGUCCUUCACUUGAAGUGCUGAUGGCAGACAUCACUCGUCAAUACGCCGGUUUUGGACCACUUCCACGUCAAGGAAUCUACGAUGCCGUUUUUGAAUGGGCAUGCAACGUCAACCCAGAGACAGACCAACUGUGGCAGAAGGCUCUGGAAGGAUGGGAGACUGAGCCACUCGGAGCCAUCAGUGGUAACAACGUCAAGCCGAAUUCAACCAAGACUCGUCAACAUGCCAUGGUACAACACACCAGUCCGAUUCCUUGGGAGCUUCUCGAGAGUAAGAGCAGGGCACUGGGAGGCUCUCCGCUCACGAUUCUCCAAGCGUCUUGGGCCAUGCUUCUACACAUCCUCUCCGAGGCAGACACAGAUGACGUGACCUUUGGCAGCGUUCUUUCAGGUCACGAUCAAUUUGUCCACGGCCCAACAUUUUCUGUUGUGCCUUGUCGAGUUGGCUUGCCCGAAGUGCAGACUCUCAAACAGCUCGUCAGCAGCCUGAUGGACCAUUCCAGAUUUGCCCAGAGUCACAGGCAUACAUCCUUUGGCGUCUUCAAGACACUCCCAUACAACACUGCACUGGCCUUGCAAUCAUACCCCCAACCCGAAGAUGAUGGAUCAGACAAGGCACCUUUGCUCUGGACUGAGAUCUCAAAUCCGGCUAUACGUUACGACUUUGCCAUGUUUGCUGAGGUCUUCCCCACGAACCCGAACUCGCCUGACAGGAAUGGAAGAUUCGAUGAUGUCGUGUUCAAGUUGACGUAUCGCGACGAGACAUUCUCAGACACUUCUGCAACAUGCAUCAUCAAGCAGUUUGCGGCACUCACCGAGACUAUCCUGGCGUCACUACCUGACAACCUGGUACAGAGUCUACCUGCGUGCAUUGGCAGAGACCUAUUGUCUGCUGAGGGGACGAUCCCCGUUGUAGAAGAAGGAUUGGACGACGCAAAUAGAGAAACUCGCGACAGAGCUCAACUUCUGCAUGCUCAGUUCGAGGAUCAAGCUGCAUCGACUCCCGAUCUUCUUGCACUGAGCUUCUACUCUUCACUCGACUCCGCUCCCGUCGAGAUGAGCUACGCAGAGCUUGAUGCUAGAGCCAACGGUCUGGCAAACAUAUUGCGCGAGCAAGACAUUGACAUCAUUCCCAUCUGCAUGGAACGCAGUAUCGAGCUCUAUGUAGCUGUCCUGGCCAUUCUAAAGGCUGGGUCUGCAUGGUGUCCUAUUGACACAACGUCUCCAGUACAACGUCGAACGUCUCUCAUCGCUCGAGCGCAGAGCAAAGUGCUGCUGACGACUAGCGAGUCAUUACCUCUGGUGGAACCUUGCCUCGCUCAAGACGCACUUAAAGACGUUCAAGUCAUCCUUGUUGAUAAGUACAACGACCACCAGACAUCGGUCCGUGCUAGGCCACGUGAAAGCGUUGCUAAGAUCACUGGGCAAGAUUUGGCAUAUCUUCUAUGGACUUCCGGAACCACAGGUGAGCCCAAGGGUGUCAUGAUUCAGCACAGCGCUGCUGCUCAAGCGAUGCGCGACCUGCAAGUCCUCGUCGAGCACGACGAUCGUGAGCAGGUUCGCACCUUGCAACUCUCCGCUUACAGCUUCGAUGUCUUUGUACAAGACCUGUUCUAUACCUGGGGCUUGGCGGGAAGUGUCAUCAGCGGUACACGAGAGCUAGUCUUGGGCACAUUCACCGAGUUCAUCUGGAAGUCUCGCCCAACUCACGCUCAUCUGACACCUUCGUUUGGAGCCAGUAUUGCAGUUCAGGAACUCAAGGGUUCAACUCUUCAAUACGUCACGUUUAUUGGCGAAAAGCUGACUGAGGACGUCGCCGAGGCUUGGGCGCAUCCCGAUAUCACGACUCGCGCAUACAACACGUAUGGGCCAGCUGAGAACGCUGUCGUCUCUACGAUGCGACAGUUCUUUGGCAAGAUCGAGACACGGCUAAAGCUGCCAAUGUUGGCUUUCCUCUGGAUCACUGCACGGCCUACGCUGUUCGCGAGGUUGAGAACUCACAAGGCACCAAGCGAUGGGAGCUUGUUCCUCGGCUACCUGGCAAACGAAGCCAAGACUACCAAGGCAUUCAUCCAGGGCGGUCCAGGCAUCGACGAGCGCAUCUAUCUCACUGGAGAUCUCGUGCGAUUGAACGACCAUGGCUUUGAGUUCCUGGGUCGAAACGACGAUCUCGUCAAGAUCACUGGCAUUCGCAUUGAACUCAGUGAGAUCAGCGCAGCGUGCGCAAGCUUGAAGGAUGAUGACGCUGCGGUUGAACACGUCGAGACACUGUAUCUCCAGCGUCCAGGUGCACCCGCUGGCAAUAACAACAAAGUCGUCGUCACGUUUGUCUCGGUCAAGACUGGUGAUGUUGACACUGCAAAUAUCAGAUCCCAGGUGUUCAAGAGGGCCAAAGAUCUCUUACCUGCUUACAUGGUGCCUGGCCACGUUGUUGUUCUGGAUACGACCAUGCCGAGGACUGCCUCUAACAAGGUUGAUCGCAAGGCGCUGCAGGCUAUUUACGCGGAGUCGGAUCUCAAUGUGUUGGCUGGGAGAGAUGACUCGACACAGGCUCAAGGACAGAGUCACCAAGCCAAGCAGCAGUGGACGAAGGAUCAGCUUUCCAUUCUCCAGACAAUCGCCGGACACUUCAACAUCCCAAUGGAGAACCUCUCCCCGGAUGACAGUUUGGCGGGGCUUGGUCUCAGCUCACUGCAAGUUACGAAGCUUGCUUGGCUUCUGAGGCGAGAGCUCAAGUGCCAAGUUGGAGUCCUGGAUCUCAUGAGAUGUGAGUCUCUGGGAGAGCUGGUCGAUGUCACGCUUAGUCGGAUGCCAAAGAAGGCCGAGGAAGUUGAGCUACCAGCCCAAGCAGGCGACACAGAAACAUCAUGGCUUGCAUCUAUCAAGAAGGCACUUACUGAUAACAUCAAGGGUGGCAUGCGACCCUCCGAUACGCAGUACAUCCUACCCGCGACACCCAUGCAAGAGUCCCUGAUCGUCGAGACUAUGCUCGAGCCACAAGCUUACUGGGCCCAUCGCGUGUUUGAUCUCAGCCACUUAGACGACGUCGAUGAACGCCAGUUGAAGAGAGCUUGGACUGCUGCAGCCAAGCGCUUCGACAUCCUCCGAACUGUCUUUGUCCCCUUGACACAACUCGACGUAGAUGGCACCGACAACACAGUGUCCUGGGCUCGUGAGAAGGGUGUUCACUCUACGAUUCUCCAGUUGAUUCGAGAAACGCCAAGUUUGCACUGGUCCCAGAUUCGAUCUGAGGAAGAUCAAAGUCUCAGUGAACUGGCUAAGAAGUUGCAGCUUGAGUUGUCUCCAACAACCACCAUUGAGGCACCGUGGGGUGUCACUUUUGUCGAAGACACCAAGACGAUGAUGCUCAGUAUGCACCACGCCCUCUACGAUGCAGUGGCAUCUGAUGUCUUCCUGGAGACUGUCACGAGCUUGUAUCACAUGGAGUCUGUCGGAGGUGUAGGCGGAGUUGUGCAGUUUGAGACUGGUCUCGGCCUAGGGCUGUUGCCGACUCCAUCCAAGAGAGAUGAAGCAGCUGCGCUAUGGAGUCGUCGACUGGAUGAGAUCAGCAGGACAGCCUCUGGAGACACGUUGAAUGCGCCUUUCCCUGACCUCACUCAAUCUCGACAAAAACAGGUUCAGAAGAUUCUGAUGUCGAGGAAAGACAUUCCUGCUCCAUUCCUCCAAUCUACUUCGGCAGUUGCACUUCCAACACUACUUCAAUCCGCCUUUGGUUGCGUUCUCGCCUCAUACCUCGAACUCGACGCCGUCGUACUCGGUCACACUAUCUCGCAGAGAGUCCUUCACCCAGAUCUCGCACGAGUUGUUGGUCCCGCAAUAGCCACGCUGCCUCUCAUUGUUCGCUCCAAUGCUGCUUCAUCCGAGGAACUCUGGAAGGAGAUGGCUACCGAGUCAGCACAGAUGUUUCAGAGCACACACAACCUUCAUCCCGUGGAUGUCAAGAAGAUGCUCAAUCGAGGAAGCGGGAGCAGCAAUGCCCCAUUCCCGGGUCUUUUUGUCUAUCAUCCCGCAUCAGGUGAAAACCAAGCUGAAGCUAGUCAGUCCAUGUUCAAGGAGAUUGGACAGGCAUUGUCGCUCAACGUUGAGCAUCCACUUGCUCUGAACAUCUUUGAGGCCAAUGGAACUAUCGAGCUCACUGGAGAUGGACGUCGUAUUUCUCAGGCACAGUUGGACCUUUUGCUCAACCAGAUCCUUGCCCAAGCGCAAGUCAUGACCGGGGCCCCCAAGGCUCCUUUGACUCAGCUCCAGAACAGAAUGAGUAAGAGUCUUCUGUCAAUCAGUGGUGAAAUUUCCAGCCAAGAGACCGAAGCUGCCAAUCCGACUCGAGACGUUUCCUCCCACGCAUCGGAGCAUCCAGAUUGGAUCGCCGUUGAGGAAGUCGUGUUUCAACCUUUGGAUGAUGACGAGGAGAUUACUUCCAAGACCAUUACCUAUGCCCAGCUCGAGAAGCUCACCAAUACCAUCGCUACGAGAAUAAUCCAGCAUGAGGCUCGUCUACAGCCUGAUGAUCCUGUAGCUAUGUGCCUUGGUAGAGAUAUCAAGUCAUUGGCAGUCACCUUGGCCAUUUUCCGUGCUGGAUUCGUGUAUCUUCCCGUCGAUGAGGAUCUUCCACCAGCUCGCAAACAGCUCCUCAUUCGAGAUGCGGGUGCUAAGCUGGUGAUCACAACCGAAGAACUUGUCGGUGACUUGGGACUAGACGAUGCCAAUGACCCUCCUCUACUGCUUCUUCCUGACACGAAUGAUGACGUUGAUGCCAUACUUUCGUGGCCUGUAUCUGAGAUCCCACCAUCGACCGGCAUUGGCGGUUAUCUCCUCUACACCUCUGGCUCUACUGGCCGUCCCAAGGGUGUCCGAGUUUCCAACAGCAAUCUCUGCCACUUCAUCUCUGCAUUCAGCACCCGAUUGAUUGAACACUCGCCCGCCACCGCAAGACUCGGCGGUGUUGGGAAGUACCUCAACCUGACUUCCCGCGCCUUCGAUCCUCAUCUGACACAGCUUUUCGUGCCCUGGCAUCUUGGUCAUCGGGUCGUCAUCGGAAAGGACCGCACGGCUAUGAUGGCGAAUCUGAAGGAGCUAAUCAACGAGUUGAAUGUCACACAUUUCGGAUCUGUUCCCUCGGUGUUGAGCCAAUUGAGGAUUCGACCUGAAGAUGUUCCGUCUGUGAGAGUAGUCACUACUGGUGGAGAGAAGGCCUCGAAUGAGCUCUUGAACACGUGGGCUCAGGUCCAAGGGCCACAAUUGGCUGAUGAUCAAGCCGUUCUCUUCAAUUUCUACGGCCCUACAGAAGUCACCAUUGGAUGUUUGGGCCAUGCUGUGCAUCAAGACUCCAACGCUCGCAACCUUGGGCUUCCAUUACAAGGUCUUGAAGCUAUGCUUCUAUGUCCCAACAGCGAGGGUGACAGUCUUAUCAUUGCUAGAAGAGGCCAGCCAGGUGAACUCUGCAUCGCUGGUCCGCAGGUAGCAAUGGGCUAUCUGAACCGUCCCAUUGAACAAGCCAAGAGCUUUCAGACCAUUUCUCUCCCCGACGGCAGCAGCAAGAGAGUCUACCGAACAGGUGAUAUGAUGAGGAUGAUGAACGACGGCUCACUCGAGUUCCUUGGCAGAGCUGAUCAGCAAACCAAGAUUCGCGGACAGCGACUUGAGGUGGAUGAGGUCGUUGGCUUCCUAAAGCAAGUUGCAGGUGACAAGGGUGACUUUGACUUUGCAGCGACGGUUGCUUCCACGGGAGACGAUAGCUCAAACCAGCAACAACAGCUGCUAGGCUUCAUCGCUAGGAAGACCAGUAGUCCCAAGGUUCAGGCUGAACAGGAGGUUGAGCUACUUGAGGUCCAAGACGAGGAGUCAGCUUCACUACUCGAGAUGAUUGAACACGAGUGUCAAGACAAACUCCCUGCUUUCAUGGUACCGACACUGGUUUGGGUUUCCAAGAUCCCAUACCUCGCCGCUUCUGGCAAAGUUGACACCAAGAUCUUGGCGCGUUUGGCAAAGGACUUCCUAGCCACUCAGCUAGAUCACGGCGGAGAUGACACCAACUCGGGAGGCGUGCUUGGAUCAAAGACCAGCUUGAGUGCAAAGGAGUUGAGUGUGGUUGCGGCUAUAGAAGAGGCCGUCGGUGGCAGCGUCAAGGCAUCGAGUACCAGCAGCAUCCAGCGUCUUGGUAUCGACAGUCUUUCGGCAGUGAACUUGGUCUCUCUUUUAAGAAAACGUGGCUUUUCUCAGUUGAAGAUGACUCAUCUCCUCUCUUCAUCGUGCACAGUUGCAGAUAUUGCAAGACUUUCCGAUGAACAAGAGAGCGGUAGCCUGUCUAACAGCACGCUUCUGUCAACACCACCCUCCACGGACGAUCUACAAACCCCGACUCUGAACGUGUCAGACCUCGGCCCCCUUCCAGAAGGUCUCGACGCAGACAACAUCGAAGCUGUCCUUCCUUGUCUCCCUCUCCAGUCUGCUCUCAUCGCGCGCUCUCUCGUUUGGCUGAGUGCCUUCAGCGAAAGAGAGAACGCCGAGGGACAUGAUGUUCCAUACGUAGCACAGUUCAGCUACCGUCUCAGUCGCGGCACAGACAUCAACAAAUGGAAGAAAACAGCUGAAGAGGUCAUCGCCUCGGAAGCAAUGCUCCGAACCUGCUUCCUUCAACAUGAAGACGAUGGCCAGAUCUUCCAGGUCGUUCUUCGAUCGUUGCCAUCUUCUCCUCUUGGUGAUCAUGGGCAUCCAGCCGAUAUCGUGUCUCAGAUGAAUGCACGACCUCCUAUCCGACUACAAGUUUCCGACAUCGAAGGAGACGAAACCACCGUGUCGCUCAAAAUCCACCAUGCAUUAUUCGACGGUGUUGCUAUCAAUGCGCUCAAGAACAAGCUUGAAGUGGCCUACAACAGCCAGACGUCGGCAAUUACUGCAGCCAACAGCUUAGCAACCUUGUCCACCAUUUCGAAUCACUGCAACCUAUCGAAUGAGCAACUCGACGCUACAAGACGGUCCUGGCAACAACAAUUGCAGGGAGUUCAACCAUGUCGCGUUGGAGCCAUUGACGACAACAACACGAGUGGUACCAUGGCUCGUCAGACUCUUUGUCUUGGGUACACGACUUCUGAGCUCAACGCCAGACUCAAAGCUCACUCCCCAGGAUCUGGAGAAACAGUAUCGGCAUCGUCUGCAUUCCAGUUGGCUGUCGCUAUAUGCCUCGCCCAACUCACCAAGCAGCCAUCUGUUGUCUAUGGAUUCAUCAUGUCACUCCGACCAUUAUUAGAUGGCGUUGCCAACGAUGUUGACAGCUUCAUCGGCCCAUGUCUCAAUACACUCAUUCGAGCCGCCGCCAUCAACAGUCUCGAUGAGACUCUGCCCCAACUGGCUCAACGUGUUCACAAGUCUCACCUUGAUGUCUGCCAAGGUGCUAUGCCACUCGUCAGCGUCGAUAAAGUACAGCGCUGGUCUGGAUCGGAGGACAAGCUUUUCGACAGUCUCUUGAGUAUCAACAUCGUGUCUACCGACGAACUCGGUGACGCCAAACCAGGACAAAUGACCGCUCUACCUACUCGUAGCAGUAGCGACAUGGCUUUGGCGUUUGAUGUGGAUCUUCACGCUGAUGGAAAAAUCAUGCUGACGCUUUCUUCUGCUGGAGCAUUGAAUGUGGAGCAGCUUCAUGAUAUCGGCCAAAUGUUUGAGAAGGUUGUGUACAGCUGCGCUGACAAGACCGUCAGAGUGUCGGAUGUUGUUACUUCGCCUCUCGCUGCAAAGGCUGUACCAGUCCAAGUCUCCAACGGCCCUCGAAGCGAUAGCACCUUGACAGAUGCACCAAGUUACAACAAGGCACUCGCUGACACCCAAGCUAUCCUGAGUCACUUCGUCCAUCUCAAUCCAUCUGAGCUGUCAUCCAAGCCCGACUCGACGUCACUGUACCAGCUUGGUCUUGACUCCAUCACCGUUCUCCCAUUUAUCAAGUCGAUCAACAAGUCGCACAAGACCAAGUUGUCUGCGCACGCCGUGAUCAAGGCACGAACCAUCAAAGGCGUCGCACAGCUUUUGCAGGAUGCAAAGGCCAAGUCUCCUUCCGUUGGCAGUGCCAAGUCUCAUUCUAGCAGUGACCAUCCCAGUAGCAAGUUGAGUGAGACUGAGCUCUAUGACAGGAAUCUUGAGCGUCUAGCCAAGAGUCUCAUGUUCAUUGCAACGCCGCUCCAAGAAGGCAUGCUCAGCGCAUCUCUGGCCACUGAUAGUGAUGCAUACACGUAUGUUCAUGCCAUCCAACUUUCUGACUAUGCUCUUGCACAUGACACACCUAGUCUUGACAAGUUUUUCGCUGCUAUGAAAGACACCGUUCAAGCAUGUGAGAUCCUCAGGACCCGAUUCAUUUUCACUGAUGAUGAUGAGUCGCCGUGGGUUGGUAUUGUAUCUCCCACUGAGCAAAGCGACCGCGUCAGCUGGGAGGUUCAACCAACAGUUCCUGGAAGAUUGCAUUUGCGAAUCCAUCAUGCCCUCUAUGAUGCAACAUCUAUCAAGUCUGUCUGGAGUAUUCUCCAAGAAUACUACCGUCGGCGCCUCAACAAUGACCUCUCUGAUGGCGUCGACGAGCCGAAGCAUCUGUACAGACCGUUUGCAAGGACUGUCGCCUGUUCGCAAAGGGCUUCAAUUGCCUACUGGACAGAUUCCGUUCGCGACUACACGUAUACGCCCCUCGACUUCCCCAGUGAUGAUCUCAAAGCAUCAUCUACAGUCCAUUUCAGCUUGGACACGAGUGAACUGUCGCUUCUCCAGUCGAAAUGCCGGGAUCUCGGCGUGACCAUCAAAGCAGCACUUCAGUUGUCCUGGAUCAAGGUCUUGUGCGAGUCCCUUUACAGACAAGCUGACGUCGUGUAUGGAGAAGUUGUUUCGACGGAUGCCGAUGAUGAUAUUGCCAUCGUUGGCCCUGCGAUCAACACGUUGCCCUUGAGAGUGAAACUAGGUCACUCCGACCGUUGCAUCAAUGUCUCAAAAGCCUUAGAGCUUGUACAGAAACAGAUCGACGGUGCAAGAGGCACCAAUUCAAUGGCUUCACUGAGAAAGAUCCAGACGCUCUGGAGAUCAGGGCAUGACAGGGCAGAUGCACCAGCAGCCCUCUUCCAAAGUCUCUUCGUAUUUGACGGAGUUCUUGGCUCUUCAAAUACCAGCGAUGACUCAGAGAAGCUUUUCAGGUCUGUGCAGGCUGAAGCCGCUGACGCGACUGGGCCAGUCUAUGAUGAUUACCCUCUCAUCGUGAGCUUCCAUAUCAGGAAUAAUAUUCUUAACGGGAAGCUGAGGGCCAAGUUACCCCAAGAGCAGGUUGAUUCACUGGGUCAGAGCCUGAAUGCAGCCUUGGACCACAUUCUUCAUGGACUUGACGUGCCUGUAGUUGACACCAAGUACCUUAACCCAGUCAACAAUACGCCGCCUCCAGAGACCAAGAGCGAUCCGACGGAGCCUGAUAUGAAUGGCUUGACUCCAACAGCCGAUGCAGCAUUGAAGCUUGUAGAUACGGUUUUAGGAACAAGGCGAGGUGGAAAGAAGAUCGGUUACAGCACAAGACUUAUCAGCGUCGGCAUGGACUCGAUCUUGGCCAUUCGACUAUCGAAGCUUCUGAAGCAGCAACUUAGACUCAGUGUCAGCGUUUUUGAGAUCAUGAAGGGUGCUAGCGUUCGCGACAUCUUCACACGCCCAGCAUCUUCGCGCAAGCCAACGAGAAACGGCAUCCAGCAUCAACCGGAGCCUCUUCGAGAAGGUUUGAAGUCGGCGAUAUCCAAGACCCUUGGACAGCCAGAACAUCUGAUCAAGUCUAUCAUUCCUGCUUUGCCUGGUCAGCGUUCUCACCUUGAGCUUUGGUUGCACAACGGGAAGAGAUUCUUUGAGGCCCCAUGGGCUUACAGACUUCCCGACACUUUCGACCAGGAACAACUUGCGGCCUGCUGGUCUGAGCUUGUCAAAGCUCACGAUGUCCUUCGAACUACCUUUGCAACUGGAACGACCUUUAUGGAGCUGUACCAAGUCACUCUGUCAGAGGAUUGGUCAGCCCGGUCGCGCUUCAUAGCCCUGGAAGACGCAUCAAAGACUGUCGAGGAGUUGAUCGCGGAGCAUGUGAGCCAGGAGAAUGCCAAGGCAUCAGACUUGAAGGAGCCUCCAGUUCGCCUCUCUUUCUUAGAAGCUGCAGAUGGUAAAGCGGUUGUCUUGAGACUCCAUCAUGCACUUUAUGACGCAUGGAGUAUCAAGAUGAUUGAACAGGACCUCAACGAUCUUCUCCACGAGGGCAAGAUCCAAGAGGCUCGCCAGUCACUGGAGCAAGCUGUCCAUAGUAUCAGAGGAAUCAGACAACCAGACGCCGAGGAAGCAUACUGGAGGCGUCAUCUUUCCGGUGCUCAAGAAACAGUAUUAGGUCACAACGCUGAGCAUACUGUUCUAUCAGCGCAUGGCCCGCAGUUCAAGACGAGCUCCAACAUUGCCCCUCAGAAUAGCACCAAGUCACUGUUGCAGAAGAGUAGCUCAGAGGUCUCUGCAGCUCUCAUUCUCUCCUACGCAAGGACACUGCGGCACUUCACUCAACAAACCAAGCCUACCUUUGGUCUCAAUCAUGCUUCUCGAUCUCUUUCGUCACCUGAUGGGAUGCAAACCCUUGAUCUGACUGCUGCGAGUAUCCCAACUCUUUCUGUGACGCCAUUCACUGUUGACUUGGAGUCGUCGGCUGAAGACCUACUCGGCUUCAUCCAGGACCAUCUCGCGCAACUCAAUUGCUUCAGCCAGGCAGAUGGUGUUCGGAAGCUGGGUCCCAAGUUCAAUUCGCACUUGAACAUCAUCCACCGCCGCGAUCAUGCAGCAUCUCAGAACGGGAGCUCCACGGACAGGCCGAAAGCUUUGGAGAGGUAUAGGCUCCCUGAGACACUCGCCUCUGGAUACUUCACUGCUACAGAGCCAUCAUCUACGGUUUCCACCAUUGAUGGACUUGACACGGCCUAUUUGUCCAAUCAUCAUUUCUUUUUCAAUGUGAUUAUGGGCGAAAAUGGUAGUCUUACUGUGUCUGCGAGUGGCGAUGAAUCACUGUUUGACGGAGACUGCGCCAAGGUUGCUCCUUUGGUGGAUUAUUUUCUUGCUGAGCUUUCCAAAGUUUCAGCGCGCGAGGGUUGAUUAAUGAUGCGAUUUCCAUGUACAUAUCUUCGAUGUAAUUUUAUUUCUUUAUUUCUCUCAAUAUCUAGAUCACUUGUUUGUUCACAUCAGAGCACAGCUUUUCCAAC